AUGGGAAGAAGUGGUCCGCGAAAGGGGAGGAGUGCAGGGAUGAAGCGGUUUGCGUCGAAGGUAGCAGAAUGGGAAGAAGUGGUCCGCGAAAGGGGAGGAGUGCAGUCUGGAGAAAGUUGUGGCGAUGUUGCAGAAAGCAAUGCAGAUCAGGCCAGCCGUGAAGAUCCUCCAGGGCAGCGAGUUGACCAUCAGACGCGUGUGCCAAUUGGAGUCGCGAGUUCUCCGCACUAUAAGAACCCGAACAAGUACUACGAUUUUCCACGUCUUGGAGACUCCUUCCAGAAGUCGACCAUACUAGAUUUUCUGAUGCAGGAGUUUCAUGCCCUCGUUUCUGGCGUGGACUAUCGUCAUUUGAAACGCGAUGUAGCAUGUGUAGCUGAAGAGAUGAUUUUGGCUGUGCUGGCUGAAGCGGAAGACACAGGCAUACCAAACGGCGAAACAACUCGAUUGGUGUUUGAGAUGGAGAAGCCAAAAGGCGUGAACAGCAAAGGCGGAGUUCGGCUAGAAGUCUACGCUUCAAAGGCCCCAGAUUUUGACUUAAUGGUAGGUCAAUGA